CCCAGGUAGAGACGGAGGUGCCAGCCGGCUUGUCUUGGGUUGCCGCAGAGCUCCGGGAGCCAGGCGGAGAAGCGCAGCUGGCUGGAGGGACCGGACGGACGGGCGAGGGUCUUCCAAGGGGAAGGGGCGCAGGGGAGGCGCGGAUUCCCCUCCGAUGAGCAUCCCUUGAGCCCAAGGCAGCCCAAGCCGAGGCGACCCACCGAAGCAGCGCCGCAAUCAUGGGGAACCGGGGCAUGGAAGACCUCAUCCCUUUGGUCAACCGCCUGCAGGAUGCCUUCUCCGCCAUCGGCCAGAACGCCAACCUCGACCUGCCCCAGAUCGCCGUGGUGGGGGGACAGAGCGCCGGCAAGAGCUCCGUGCUGGAGAAUUUCGUGGGAAGGGACUUUCUGCCCCGUGGAUCAGGAAUUGUGACCCGUCGCCCCCUGGUUCUGCAACUGGUGAAUGCCCCGACUGAAUAUGGCGAGUUCCUACACUGCAAAGGGAAGAAGUUCAUGGAUUUCGAGGAGAUACGGGUCGAGAUCGAAGCCGAGACCGACAGAGUCACCGGCUCCAACAAGGGUAUCUCCUCCGUCCCGAUCAACCUACGAGUUUAUUCUCCAAACGUCCUAAGUCUGACUCUGGUGGACCUUCCUGGGAUGACCAAGGUUCCAGUUGGAGACCAGCCAGCAGACAUCGAAUUCCAGAUCCGUGAAAUGUUGAUGCAGUUUGUCACCAAAGAAAACUGUCUCAUCCUUGCGGUCUCUCCAGCCAACAGCGAUCUGGCCAACUCCGAUGCUCUUAAGAUCGCCAAAGAAGUUGACCCUCAAGGCCAACGUACCAUCGGAGUCAUCACCAAAUUGGACCUCAUGGAUGAAGGAACCGAUGCUCGAGAUGUUUUGGAGAACAAGCUGCUUCCAUUAAGGAGAGGUUACAUCGGGGUGGUAAACCGCAGCCAGAAGGACAUCGAUGGGAAGAAGGACAUUCAGGCGGCUUUAGCGGCCGAACGCAAGUUUUUCCUCUCCCACCCAGCGUAUCGGCACAUGGCGGAUCGCAUGGGCACUCCCUACCUGCAGAAAACUUUGAAUCAGCAACUGACCAAUCACAUCCGCGACACGCUCCCAGGCCUGAGGAACAAGCUCCAAAGUCAGCUGCUGUCUAUUGAGAAGGAAGUAGAAGAAUACAAGAAUUUCCGCCCAGACGAUCCUGCACGCAAGACCAAAGCUUUGCUCCAGAUGGUCCAGCAGUUUGCUGUGGAUUUUGAGAAACGCAUCGAAGGUUCUGGAGAUCAGAUCGAUACCUAUGAACUCUCCGGUGGCGCUCGGAUCAAUCGUAUCUUUCAUGAGCGAUUUCCAUUUGAGCUUGUGAAGAUGGAAUUUGAUGAGAAGGAACUCCGAAGAGAGAUCAGCUAUGCGAUUAAGAACAUCCAUGGUAUCAGAACUGGUCUCUUCACGCCUGACCUCGCUUUCGAAGCCAUAGUGAAAAAGCAAAUGCAAAAACUGAAGGAGCCCUGUUUGAAGUGUGUGGACAUGGUAGUGAGUGAGCUAACGUCCACCAUCAGAAAGUGUAGCAACAAGCUAAGCCAAUAUCCCCACCUGCGAGAGGAGAUGGAACGUAUCGUGACCACCCACAUCCGGGACAGAGAAGGAAAGACCAAAGACCAGGUCAUGCUCCUGAUAGACAUUGAAUUGGCCUACAUGAAUACCAACCAUGAAGACUUCAUCGGGUUUGCCAACGCUCAGCAAAGGAGCAGCCAAAUGAGUAAGAAGAAAACAGCCGGGAAUCAAGUGAUCCGUAAGGGUUGGCUCACGAUCAACAACAUCGGCAUCAUGAAAGGCGGCUCCAAAGAAUACUGGUUCGUCCUGACCGCUGAGAAUCUUUCGUGGUACAAAGAUGACGAGGAGAAAGAGAAGAAGUACAUGUUGCCGGUGGACAACCUGAAGGUACGAGACAUUGAGAAAGGUUUCAUGUCCAGCAAGCACAUCUUCGCCCUCUUCAACACUGAGCAAAGGAACGUUUACAAAGAUUACCGUCAACUGGAACUGGCGUGCGAAACCCAGGAGGAGGUCGACAGUUGGAAGGCGUCUUUCCUGCGGGCUGGAGUUUACCCAGAACGUGUUGGGUCUGGGGAGUCAGAAGAGAACGGCUCGGACAGCUUAAUGCAUUCAAUGGAUCCCCAGCUGGAGAGGCAAGUGGAAACGAUCCGGAACCUUGUCGAUUCCUACAUGGCCAUCGUCAACAAAACCAUCCGUGAUCUGAUGCCCAAGACAAUCAUGCACCUUAUGAUAAACAAUACCAAGGAGUUCAUCCACUCCGAGCUCCUCGCCAACCUUUACUCCUGUGGCGACCAGAAUACCCUCAUGGAGGAGUCACUCGAACAAGCCCAGCAUCGCGACGAGAUGCUGCGCAUGUAUCACGCCCUGAGGGAGGCCCUUAACAUCAUCGGGGACAUCAACACUACCACCAUCAGCAUUCCGAUGCCUCCGCCAGUGGACGACUCUUGGCUGCAGGUGCAGAACAUACCGUCCGGACGCAGGUCUCCCACCUCCAGCCCCACACCACAGAGAAGAGCGCCGGCAGUCCCUCCCACCAGACCUGGAUCGCGGGGCCCGGCUCCUGGACCUCCGCCUGCUGGUGGUCCCAGCCUCGGUGGUGCUCCCCCUGUGCCUUCCAGGCCGGGGGCCUCUCCUGAUCCUUUCGGGCCACCCCCACAAGUCCCCUCGCGGCCCAACCGCGCCCCCCCGGGGGUCCCAAGAAUCACUAUCACUGACCCUUGAGGACUGGCAGAGACCGGUACGUUCUUCGCUGUCUAUUCACCCCGGCCUUCGCUGAUGCACGAGUCGGUGUGGUUAACCUUUCUGUCUCCUCGUCCCCAUUUCCUCUCCAUCUCGUUCCCCCCCCCUCACCCUUCUGCCACUCGCCUCUCCUAGACCAGAUGGGGAGGGGGAGUGUCUGUAGGGGAUACCUUCUUGUUUUCUCCUUCCAGCCUGCAAACUCUCUUGGCUGUUGGGAGGACCGGGAAAAUCUUCAGUUAGCAAAGACUUCAUUUGUAGGAAGGAGACAAAGAACCACCGUGUUUCCCCCAAAAUAAGACCGUCUUGUAUUUUUUGAACCCCGAAAUAAGUGCUUGGCCUUAUUUUUGAGUUCUUGUUAUUUUGGGGCGUGUGGAGCAAGACGGGGCUCCUCUUGCCGUCUUACCUGAUUUCCAGCUCUGUCUCCCUAACACUAACCAGAGGAAAUGGCGGGGACCGGCUGCGCAUGCAGUUAAAUAUUUUCAGGGAGGGCUUAUUUUCGGGAAGGGCUUAUUUUUGGGGAUGCGCUCAAAAGCCCAAUUGGGCUUAUUAUCAGGGGGUGACUUAUUUUCGGGGAAACACAGUAGAUCCCAUGAAAUUGGGCAGUGGGACAGAGAAGAAGAGACAGAGUGAAGUCUUCUCCAUUGUCCAUUCCUGUAAACAUGGGUGAACUCCCAGCUUUGAUCCACCCAUUGUUGUCUCAGCCUGGAGUAUUGUUUCUGGGGUCCCAAUCACAAAACCGCAAGUCAGGUUCCCACCACUUUAAUUCCUGGUGUGUAUUCUCAUGUUUAUCUAAAGUUUUUCCUCAGCAUUCAUCUCCUAGUGCACCCCAAGAUUCCAGUAGAUUAGCCACAUUAGUUGUGUGUGUUUUAGUGACCUUUCUGGAAGAACGUUCCUUAAGAGAUUGCGCUCUAGGGGAGAUUGACUCUCAACUCCUAUUUUUAAGGAGGAUGAAGAGCCAUCGUCUCACCCAUUGAAGGACGCUUUGAGGAAGAACUUUAGAACCAUAACAUCCUUUGCUGUUCUUGUGUUAUCUUCUCAUCGCUAAAACACAGAAGUUUGUCAUGUCUUCAGUGUCAAGACCACGUCCGUCAGUGGUGUGGCAAUGUUGCGUAGAACAAGAAGGUGGCCAGUUGAAUCCCACCAACUCUAGGGACAGAGGGUUUGCAGGUGACAACGUGACACUUCCCUGACAGAAGGACCUGCCAUCUUCUCUAGGGGCUCAAUGCUAGCUUAGCUUUCCCAGCUCAGGUGCUGCCCAGUUGUAUAUCCUAUCACCUCCAUUCAUCACACGGGAGAAGGCAUAGACAAUGCCUCCAGUCCAAUGACAAUUUGAGUCAUGAGUUUUCUUCUGAAUCUCCUGUACCCAAUUUCAUUUCCUCCACUAUAGAGGCUGCCCCGACUCUGUAUCUAUUCUCUUUUUUUCUGCAAAUCCUUCCGGAUACCCCAUCCUAUCACCCUCAAACAGUUACUCCACUGUUCCCAGCGUUGCUCGACUCAAAGUAAAACAAAUGCCUCCCAACACAAAUUCCUCAGUUAUCUCACAAACCUUAGUCCAAUUAGGCAAACUGCCAAAGGCCCUUCCUGGCAAAUGUCCAGAAGACACAAAAACAAAGACAUAGACGAAGCAGAAGAUGAAGCAGAAGACGCAGCUACAAUGUUGUUUUCCAGCAAAGCUGAAACACCGGUUGCUGGUCUGUUUUAAGCCUUAUGGGAGGGGCCAAUCAUCUCUUGGCCCUACUCCCGGGUCAUCCUCUCUGCUUGAGCUGCUCUUGCCUUCUGGCAGCUCUUCUCAUGCGUGCAUGAGGAACAGGCUCCUCCUGUUCCUCUGCCUCACUACUAUCAGUCUCUGGAGGCUCUGGAGUCCGCCCCUCACUCCCCGAUGGCCCUGGCCUCACCUCAGCCUCAUCGCUGUCCGACUCUGUUGCCAGCUCCGUAGGCUGCUGACGGACCACAACACCACCUUAAUUUGAGGGAAAGAAUAACAGAUGGUGGGGAAAACCCUGAAUAGACUUCGUAAAUUUUUGUGAAAUUAAGGUAGGACCGUUGCAAGAUUCCAAUCUCUGGGAACGGGUCCCUAUUCUGUGAUGCGGUUUGUUGAUGCUGGGUAUCACACUUUUGCCCCGGCUUUCCCGUCAAAAGUCCCAACAAUCAACACCGCAGUUAAGAAACAAGAUAAUUAUUCUAGAUUAUUCAUGAGUUUCAGCUCCUUACAUACCCUGCAGAGGUGGGCUUCACAUAACUUUACCACCGGUUCACCACGCACUGAAAAUGUGAGUGCGCGCACCUGUCGUGCAUGCCCGCAGCCUGCCGCACAGGCGCUUUGCUCGUGCGUGUGGCUUGCACGCAUGCACGCGGCUUAGAAAAUGUGGUGUCGUGUCCCACUCCUCCUCUGACGGCCGGGUCGGGGAAGUCCGUAUCAAGCGUGGCUGCAAAGUCUCCGCAGCUUUGCCAAAGUUCUGUCAGGGUUCUCAGGGCAGGCAGGAGACCAGGAAGUGACUUCAGCAAUCCAAGUUAGACUUUGCCUGACUCAGAGAAUGCCAGAAAGCAGAUCCUUUAUAUAGGCCAUGGGGUGUGGCUCCAUGACUCAGCACUUAUCCAGGCCUGCCCCUCCCUUCCUUUUGUUGACGUCACCUCUCCAUUCUCCGGAAGCGUGGAUCUCUCCACCCUUCAGCUGUUGGCAAUUCACAUUCCUCAGGCUCACAUGCUGUGGGGGAGGGGUCUAGUUGCUCCGUUUGUCUGGGCAUGGUGCCAGCACUGGGGGCUGGAGGCAUGCCAGGACAUUCCUCAGCACUAUCAGCGUCCGGCAGGAGAUAAGAGAGACCCAGCUGUGGGGGGAGUGAGCGAGGCACAACAUGUGGCUAAAUAGGAUGGCAUUGGACGGAAUAGCACUGGGGCGGGUGGGCCAGCCUACCCGCAGGUCGCCACUACCUGUUCACCUGAACCAUAGUCCAUCAACAUCUGGAAGAACGUGAGCUCCUCCUUCCUACAAACUUGAGGUCCAAAGCAUUGGAAAAAAAAUGAAUACGGACAAUCAACCAAGAGUUGUAGCGCAUUGGCAGCCAAGAAGGUCAACAUUUAUGACCAGCAUAAAUGUGAUGCAUCAAGAUUAUCCCGUCUAUUUCUGCUUAGAGUUGCAUGAACGUGGUUCCUCGACUGGACGUUUUUAGAUUGCCAAGUCCCUGCCCAAUCUUUGUGUGUGUGUGUGUGUGUGUGUGUGUGUUUGCCUGUACAUGUCUAUGUGCUAAAAGAAAAAAAACAAAUAAGGAAUUUACCCCGAUUAUCCCCCCUGCCCCUUCCCUAAUAAGCACAAGUCCUUAACACACUUGUUUCCUUUUAAAAGUUCCCCAGCAUUUGCUGUUGAUGUUUUUUUUCUAACAAGUUCCUGAAAAACAGAGAGAAAGAAAGAGAGAGAGAGAGACUGGGUAAAGAAGCAUAGAAAUGCUGAGAAAGUCCUCUUUUAAGAGGCCCAAUCUCUACGAGGUGGACUCCAGACCUUCACGGGGUGUGUGAGAGAGAUCUUGUUCUUGCAUAAGCAAAAAAACCAGGAGGAGGCCAAUGGUAUAUGGGUGGGGCACAUUAAUCUCCAACAUAUCUCAUUCCACCAUCCAGAACUGUGGUUAGAUCCCUCCUACAUCAGAGGCUUGGAGCUCAACUGGCAACAUAGCAAUCCACCCAUAGGUGAAAGUUGGCCUUACUUCUCCAAGGUGUUUUAAGUCACGGUGACUUCCUGGCUUCUAGUCCAUCCAAUUCAAUUCGGGCAUGGCUACUCAGUUUUUGUUGGGCUACUUACAAGAGCUGGUCUUUCUGAAGGGGCUCCGCUGUUGCCCCUUUUGAGACCCACUCUUAAAAACCACCAAAGAUUGCAGGAAGCCCUGAGAAAAUUAAGUUUGAGGCGACUUGGAAAAGGCCACAUGGUCUCAUCUACAAGUCAACAGAGCUCCAUUGGAAGAAGUAGCUGAUAGAAUAAAUCGUUUGGCCAGAUACGUUUCCUCCAUUGGUCAUCUCCCAAAGUAAAUGGGGGUUGAUGGACCAGAAAUGCCCACGAAGGCCACAGCACACAGCCAACCUUGGUUGAUCUUGGAAGACCAAGGUUGUAGCCUAGGUCAACUGGGAAGUUGAAAAAAAAACACCAGAAGACCCUUCCAUAUUACGGCUAUGAACAUGACAUGGUCAUAACUGUGAAGUUCUUCAACCUCAGGAAACCGGGGACAGAGGCACUUCGCUAAUGGAGAUGGCCUUGGAGGCCUUCAGAGAUGGAGGUCAAGGCUCCUUCAGACAGAUAGCCUCAACUGUCUUCCAUAAUUCUUUUAAAAAUAUGCUUAGAGUAGUUAGGAUUCUCCAGCGUUCACGUUGAAUCCAGUCCAUUAGUGAAUCCAAUCAAGUUGUACAUGAGUUGAAAGCAUCAUGGAUGGUUGCUUCUCCCACCAGGAAAGAUCUCACCCCAUUCAUCCCCUUGGAAUGGCCCUCACAUCCGAGAAGGCUGGAAGACGGUGUGGGGGAAUCCCACUUGGGACUUCAAGUGAACGGGUGAAAGCCCUAGAAGGUGCAGAACCAGGGAUUCAGGUUGAUGGACUAGCUGUCAACUUCAGAAACAGGCCUUUCACAGGGCGCGGGGCACCUCCAUCUCAAAUAACAUUUUUCUUCAUGCGCUUGGACGAACAACAUCGCCAUACUUGUGCUUCAUGCUUCUCAACGGUCAUCUAGGGGCCAGGACCACUUUCCAGGUGGUGAGACUCGGGAAAGUCCUGGAUGGAUCCCAUCUAGAACAGGGGUCUCCAACCUUGGCAACUUUCAGACUUGUGGACUUCAACUCUCAGAGUUCUGGAAGUUGAAGUCCACAAGUCUGAAGGUUCCCAAGGUUGGAGACCCCUGAUCUAGAAGACCAACCACCAGAUUCCAUCCAAUGGGUCACUAGAACGUCCUCUCUUUAAUCAACAAUUGGGAUGUGGAAAGGGGUGGGGUGUUAAAAUGAGUAAGCGGCUGCCGUCGGGGACACACGGGCAUUAUAUCUGUGGUCCUGGCUGAGAUGAGGUGGUGAGAAACAUGACCGAUUGCAGUUGGCCUGGCUACCAUGCUAAUCUCCGUCUGUGUGUUUCUCUUCUCGCUUUCUUUUUUUUAUCUUUUUCUGCCUUCACAGCCGGAAGGGCCCUUCUUCACCUACACGAGCCACAUUAAUCCGAUCAGCUGAACCUUCCCUCUUAGAUUUAUAACCCAAGGCCUGUAGACAGCUGGUGACAAGUCUCCCGCCCCCUGCCCACGCCUGGGUUUCCCCUCUACUCUGCCAACCCAGCAUCCCCCUUGGCUCCUCUGCCCCUUCCUCCAUGUGGUUUAAAAAAAAAAACAUGCUCGUUUAGUGAAUUGAGCACUUUGUCUACUAUUGUGCGUCCGUUAUUGCUUGUGAGCCUAGAGUAGUCCUAGUCGAAGGGCAUGAAUCGUGAAUGCCGUUGAGUUCUCCAAGGCGUAGACUUACGGGAGCAUCCGAGUCUCGACGUACCCGACUCAUCUUGGGUUCGGUGUCCUGCCUGCCUGGUUCAGCUGUAGCCCUUUAAUGCAUAGCAACGUAGUCCAUUUCCUCCCUUUUACUCUGUAGUAAAGACAGAAACACACAUGGUCUUGUGCUGGAAACUCUUUUGAGGAGCACCACACUCGGCGAGAGAACCUGGACUGGAAUGCUUUCAUGUUCUUGAGAAGCGGGAUUGGAUUCAAGGUGCGGCCACGGGGGCCCGAUUGUGGGGGGGCUGAUCCUCUUUUUUCCAAGCAGGGCCAACCGGUUUGGUGGCCAGGGUGGGGCUUCCUUCCUGGAUGGAUGGCGCAGACUUCUGGAGGAUCUGAUCCGAUGGGAUUGAAACCAACGUUCAGAGGUCAGCCUCCGUUCUCGGAGAGACGCGACAGGAGGCUUGGUGGCUUCAGCUAGCUUUUCUGGCAUGACCGAGAGACCGUGGCUUAAGCUAGUUCCUUCUCAGCCAGAACGGACAAGCUGAUAUUUCAAAAACAAAAAAAAGAGUUUGCUGUGUAAAUGUUUUAUGAGCUUUUGCUUCCGACGACAACCACAACAAAAAUCAAAUCAAGGACCUCUUCAAAUGUGUGUCGAUGUCUUGAGUAUUCUGGUGAUUCCAUUCGCUUCCUUGCAUGCGGGACGUACGUAUUUCAUGACGGGGCCAAAAAAAAAUGACACAUUUUUAUCGUCAAACUUGGACGUCCCUCGGCACCGUCUCUGUGACCUAUCUAUUUAUGAAUAAAUGUAGAAAAACAAACAAAAGUCCGCCAUUUUCCUACCCUUCUAAAAGCCACCAUUUAAGUCCGACCCUGCUUCCAAUUUACGUUCCUUGAGCCGAACGGUGUUUUGAGUUGAGUUUUGAUGUCUGUUCCUUUCUGUGUUUUAACUAUUGUUUUAAUUCUUUUGUUCCUCCCCAUAUCCUUCUUCUCCUCUUUCUUCUUCUUCUUUUUGUUCUCCUUGUCUUCUUCUUUUCUUUCUUUUUUGAAUUCCAGCCGGCCUAGCAAAGCCAGUCCCUCUCGUCCGGAGAGCCCAAAGGCAUCGUUUGACAUGUAACUCUGCUCAUCCAUCUUUUUAAUCUGCCUCUUAGCUGUCCUGUCCUGGAAUGAUCGAAACGCACAUCUUAAAAACAAAACAAAACAAAAAAAAUAUCCCACAGCUUUGUUCUGUCGUAGCUUGUGGCUUGCACAUAUCAGAUACGACUCUAGUGAAACUGUUUUAUUUUUUUGUCCUUUUUUUUUUUUGGUCCUUCUUUCUGGUUGCUUAAAAAAAAAAGAACUUUUAAACAAAGCCAAUGAGUUAUAUUGUAGUAACGAAACACAUCUUUACUGUUAUAUAAAUAUCUAUAAAUAUAUACAUAUAUAUAUAUAAAGAUCUAAAAUCUA